AUGGGAGGGCGGGUGGGGAUUGUUGCUGGUGCGCAACGGGCGGGGCUGGUGGCUGGAACGGGGGGGAUCGCCGGGGUUCGUGUCGAGCGGAACGGGGGAGAGGAUGGGGCAACGGACAGGGUGCAGACUGGCGCUGGUGCAGACAGCCGCCUCUGUAGCAGCCGCGAGAGGGGAGACAACGAGGGAGGGGGAGGGGGGAUAGAGGGGCGGGUGGCAGAGCAUGCGGCUGGCACUGGCGGUUGUGCUCUGGCGGUGUCUCUGCUGGUGGUGUCUCUGAUGGCGGUGUCUCUGCUGGCGGUGGCGCUGUUGGCGGUGGCGCUGCUGGCGAGAUCGCUGGCGGUGUAG